AUGUUCGCUCUUCUAGCUACUCUACGUGCUGCCCUCCUCGUCGCUUUCAUCGCAGUUGGAUGCGUCCAGGCUUUACCACAGUCUUCUGCGCCUCCCAGUCCUGAGCUGUUGGAGGUCAGUCGGAACCCUGAACUGCUGAUUCAUGCGGCCGAAAUUGGGGAGUUUACGGUCGUACCUGGUCCUGGUCUACCCUCGCUCGAGUCCCUCAACCUUACCUCCCGCGAUCUUGUCGUUCGUGCGCUUGACCGUAUCGAGCGACACAAGGAAGCCCAAGAGGACAACGAGAGAUUGGGCUCCCUCACGAAGCGGUACACUCCGACGUGUAGCUGGGGACAAUACAUCAGCUAUGCCAACGCCUUGGUAUGCUUUGAGUAUUUGCACUCGAUCGGGGGUGUGACCUGCGCGGUACCUUCCUCCGGAUCGAGGUUCUGUCACACGGUUAGUGGGACCGACGAUGUUGCCUGGCACGGGCGGGUGAACGGCGUAUCUUACGCCCAAUCGAGCUGCGCGCAUGUUGCGGAUGGUGGUAUUUGGGUGCUCAAUAACUGCAUUUCAAGCGCAUUUCCUUUUAUUGCGGUGCUCAAUGAAGGUACCAACGCCGCUUGGGGCAACGAAAACCUCAUCGUUGAGGUUCUGCGAUUCCAUCGGUUUUUGACGUCUAUCCAAAAGCCCACAUCUAAGGUGAUGGUUAGAUCAGAAGACAUGGACACGAGGGCUCUCGAAAGCGGCAGGCUUGCCCUGCGUGAUGGGAAAAUCCGCGUGCCGUCUCAGACGCGUCUCUCCUGUCAGGACCCACCACGACGACCAAGCCUUAUGAAAUCCGCGAAAACAAACCACUCAAGAAAAGCGGACGAUGAGUCGUCCUUGAGCUAUAUUCCAUGCAAAGACUGUCGCGCCGCGAUAAUAAGAAAGGAUAUGUUGACAUGCCACUCGCCGGGCCUUCCUGGGUCCGCGACUUGGAGGCCACUCCCGGCGAAUUACCUCGAUUAUAAUGGGCAUUUCCUCUAUGGGUUCCCUGUGACGGUGGAGAAGAUGGAAAAGGUCGGAAUGCGGCUGGGGCUUCCAGUGGGCUAUGGCGUUGUGACUGACGCUGGGAAAGUGGCGUGGAGGCUGGAGGAAAUGACAAUGUGGAAACACGCGAUCUGCUUCUCCUCAGCAAGGCCGAACGCCAAGUGCGUGGAAGAGGGCAUGACCUUCCGCUCGGACAUAUACGAUGUGGAUGCAGUGUACCUUCUCGUUCUUGGGUGUAGCUCCUCUGCGCGGCUUUACCACCGACGACCGACACCUGAACAGAUGGAGGUCCUGGAAAAGUACCUUGGAGAGGUCCAGAUCAGCGUUCCUAGCACAGGGUCUCAUCGAAAGGCGGUGGCAUGA